AUGGGAGAGGUUUAUAUAGCUUUCGGCAGCAACCUGCGCGAGGAGCACCGUCUGGAGGAUUUGGAGUCGGGCGUCAGAUUGGUUGGUAAGUUAGAGGAGUUGUCGUACGCUGCGUCGAGUCACCUGUAUGAAACACGUGCAGCAUACGGGAGUCAUGGAGACUACCUGAAUGCGGUGGUGCGAUAUUCCGUGGACCGGUCGGUGUGUACAGAGAUUGGUUUGAGUACGUUGUUGCGGUCGCUGCAGAGCAUUGAGCGGCAGGUGGGACGGACGACAGCGCAGGGGCGUAACCGGGACCGCGUGCUGGACGUGGAUCUUGUGAGCGUGGUGGUGUCUCGCUCAGCCUCCUCCGUGGCCCUAGACCGCUUAGCCUCGGUUGCGGCUGGCGGGAAGAUGGCGACGACCCGGCGGUUUUGCCUGCAUUCCAAUGGCGUGCCUGUGCAUCUGGACCUGCCGCAGCUCCAGCUCCCGCACCCCCGCGCACACGAACGCCGCUUCGUCCUCCAGCCGCUACGGGACCUGACGGCUCAACGCAUUAUACGCACGCCCGACGGUCUCUGGGCCUCACCUUCCGAACUUCUACUAGCCAUGGCCGACCGAGAUCUGUCGGAUGCACGCUACAGCCCCAUCAAGCGUCUCUGGGCCACCACCAAGUUCGCCUACGCGCCGCAAUCACCGUGCACUAUGGGCAUUCUCAACAUCACCCCGGACUCCUUCUCGGAAGCCGAUCCACUCGUCGCCUCCGACACACCAGCCUCCCAACCACGCGUCGACCUGGUCAAGACCGAGGCGAGACUCCGUCGUCUGCACGCACAACAUUUCGACGUCAUCGACGUCGGCUUCGAAAGCACACGACCCAACCAACCCCUUAUCUCUUCCGAAACUGAACUGCUACGACUCGAAGCCGCCGCCCGCCUACUGUUCCACACCGCCACUGAACUGCAGAAGCCACUCUCCAUCGACACUCGAAGGCCCGCUGUGUUCAAACGCGCUCUGGAACUCGCCCAAUUAUGCGCCGCCGCCGCCGCCGCCGGAGAUAGCGCCCAAAGUGAAAACAGCGCCCGGAGAGAAUACAGCGCCGAAGACACUACGACAGAUACCGUGAAGAUUACCGAGGACACCCGCGCGUCCCGACACUUUUGCGGCACCUGGAACAACGUCACCGGAACCCAGAUUUCCGACGAAGACAUCAAGUGGUGCGUUGCCCAACACGUAACGUAUAUUUGCGCUCAUUGGGAAGCAUUCGAUGGCGUAACAAACGCGCGAGGAGAGCUCUGCGAUUGCCCUUGGUCUACUGCAAUGAAUGAGUCUACUGAAAUGAACGAGCCUGAGAAUGAUAAUACUCCGCAACCAUUGGCGGUCUCUGUCAUGUCUCCUCAUGGUACCCCUGUCACCGUGACGCCCCCCAGUGCGAUUUUGGCUGACGAGCUCGCAGGCCGGACUACCGCGUCGCCAACCUCGGUCAAAGGACGUUGUAGCAUACCCACUCCGUGCAAACACGUCACGGACCAAAUUGAACGCAUUAGAGAGACUUUGAACCAGUUCGUCUCCAGGUGGUUCAGACAAGGCGGCUUACGGUGGCGCUUAGUCAUUGACCCAGGCCUCGGAUUCGGCAUAGACAAGCGCGUCAGCCAAGCUCUCCUGCAUACUAGUCAAGACCUGUUCAGCGACCAUAUCCUGUUAUUAGGCUUCAGCAAAAAAAG